CGAGACUGUUGAAGGCCAUUAGUGUGGACAGGAAGAAGCAACACUUCAUCUCCUCUCUUCCAUGCAGCACAGCGCUCACUCGUGAUGGUAGAGCUCAGUGAACUGCAGCCCAUUGUCUGCUGCUUCUUCUGAACACACAUGCUCCUCGGCAGAGCGCUGAACAGACGCUUGAAACAAGGCUCUGAAAUACCAGCUGCACUUAUUCUAUUCCCUCAGACAGGCAGCGAUGGUCCACUCGUCAAGCAUAAGCAAACAUGUAGAGAAGAGGAAGAUGAGUGCGGCUGGGUGGCAUGCUUCGUGUGAUGACAGACUUAUGUGGGUGUUCAUUUCUGAUUGAGUGCAGCCGAAGCCACGCUAUAGUAAAGAUGUGUUUGGUUGGUGGAGAUAACAGCCAAACUGGUGUGGAGGCGCUGCAGAAGGGGAGUUCCCACGGAGAUGAAGACUGUCCCCGAGGAUCAAGGCUGGGUGGAAGGUAACACCACUUUGGAAUCUGUCUUGUGUCAGAUCAGGCUCCCUAAUGUGUAGCGACUGUACGGGGUCAGGCGGGUUAAUUCCAAGGGAGGUGCUUGGUGCCACAACAUACCAUGGUGGAAAGAACAACCAUCUCAACCUGUUCUUAGCAUCAGCUUUGCUCGUGGUUCUAUGGAGGACAGCAGUUCUUUUUUUCAUUCUGAUGAAGCCAGACGAUAAAACGGAAUCCUGCAGCUUCAGCUGAGGAAGGCCAAGUAAAAAAGACUUCAGAAGUCAGCGAGUAGUCACACAAACGUGUUUAUUCAUGUCCCUACAUUCUACAUGAAGCCAUCUAACAAUCUUACACAAAAUAUGGACAAAAUACAUUCACCACAUCGUCAAACAUCCUUGCCAAAUAUAUUUCAAAAAACUGUGUAAACAUCAUCCUCAGUUACUUCGAGUAUCGAAUAGUACCGUAAUAAUAAUAAUAAAAAACACGCAUCUGGAAAAUAUGAAAGGCGCAUCUAUCAAAAAGAACAAAUAGCCACUCCUAAGUAAAAGACAAUAGGAAUAUGAGAUAUUUAAUACACGCUCAUGUAAACAAAUACUGGUGAAGAAACCAAUCGAAUGCACCUAAAACACACAAUAUUCCUUUGAAAUGAUCCAAAAAUCCAGCAUGACCAACACAACAAUAUAUUUCACAGCUCGUAGGAAGCACUGUUCAUUCUGUCACAGCGCCGUUCUGGUUGGGUCGUGACCUAUCCACCUCAGUUUGCUGUACCUGGCAACACGUGUGGGACGUUUGUCUUCAGUGUGUUUACUGACUCUGUUCCGUGAAGCACAACUCCUAGUAUUUUUACCGUGUCUGAAUGAGUUUAAAGGUUUAGCUAGUAGAGGUCGCGCCGCACUGCGCCUCGUUCUCACCGUCCAGCAUCAGAUGGUAGCGUCAACCCGCUCACGGCUCGGAGAGCAGUUUUUCCUCAGUUUAAACCAAAGCUUUUGACCAUAGGAUUCACCAAGGGAGUCUCUUAGUUGGUGAACUGGGCUCCACCGUGAGGCACCAUCUCCGUCACCCCCCACGCCACCAGGUUUCCUCUCUGCUGGCAGCCUUCGCCCUCACGCCUGGCCAGCUGGCCGAUCUGGUUCUGGGACAGAACUCUGUCCCACAUGUUCACGCCCGUCAUCUGCCCUGCAAAGGACAACUUGGCAUCGAACCCUCCCUCAAAGCCCGACACUCUGCUCCCUGAACCUGGGGGGCAGCAGCCGUUCCUCUCCUGCCCAAGCUGCAGGGAGCCUCCAUCGGGUAUGGUGUGGCCCUCUGCUACCCCCGGGGUGGAGGCCACCUUCCUCCCACCGGCCCACAAGGAUGCCAGGCCCUGCUGGGUGGACCAGGCCCCGCACAGGUGCAUCCACUCUGAGGUCUUGACCACACCGGCCGCCUCCACCAGGUGCGCCUCCCCUCCGAUGGUGAGGAAGGCCGAGGCUUUGCUCAGCAGCAGCUGGAUCUCGUAGGGGUUGCGUCGGUUGCCGUAGGAGAGGAGGACAGUCUUGUUGGAGACGGCGUUGGGCUUGACCCACAUGCAGACGGUGAAGGAGGAAAGUGAGAGCGGAGCAUCCGGGAAGACGGAGGUGAAGAUGCGGCGGGAUCGCAUGGGGAACAGGAGGGCCAUCUCACAGCCUGCGCAGCGACACGAGACGAGAAGUCAGCGCCAACUCGCACCUGCUCCCACCACACGUACCAAGACCUCCACUGCACACACGCUUGCUCAGCACAGACGGGCACAGAACAACACUACCAAACCUCGGAAAUAAAUAGCUAAACAGUGGUAUCUUCUCACACCAGGAAGGUGAGUCCAGAAGGAGUGACUCUGGAUCCUGCCAGGGGCCAAGCGUUCAAAGCUAGCAGUCCUUCAAACAGAGGCUGAUACCAGCGUUUCCUGCCACGUGAGCUUCAGCAGGCCACACAUCUGGUCCGUCUUCAGCCUCGUCUCUUGUCUCGCUCUCUCCGCUCGCCGGCCUGGCGGCCAGAGUUGGGCCCCCGGGCCAUGGGUUUGGCCAGUGAAUCUGCUGACAGGAAUGAGCCUGACAAUCCUGGAGUGUCAGAGGAAAGGAGCCGGUGGGUGGCUGCAGCACAGGUGGUGACAUGUCUUCUCGUGUGGACUGCCUUCCACUCCGUCGGGUGGGUCUUGCCUGUGCGCUGCUUGGUGGUGGGGCGCAUGUGUGUUAGCGUGUUCUGGAUCUGGCUCCCAUCUGGUUCUCCUUUUCUCGGAGCCCUGCUGAUUACAGCUCCCUCAGCGCUCCAAGUGGGCCAGAGGACCAUUUGGGACGUGGGGGCGGGGUGUGUGUGUGUGUGUGUGUGUGUGUGUGUGUGUGUGUGUGUGUGUGUGUGUGCUGAGAGAGUGAUUCACCUUUCAUGAAUGAGUUCUUGUAAAUCAAGAUAAUCGGUGCUAAAUGACCGAGUCAGCGUCCAGGAAGCUUUGGCUUUGAUGCCACUGAACAGCAGCAACUGAACUGUGCGGCCCGUCUUUAAUCCUGUUUGGGCGCCAGUGUCGGGGACGGACGCGUGUUCAGAAGCUGAUCUCAGACCCCCUCCUGACCCAGAUGUGUCAGCGUGGUAAGUGAUGGAAGUGAAGGGUGCAGGAGGUGGUGGGUGAGCUGUGGGAGCAGGAAGUGAUGGCUAGAGAGACGGAUGUUUUACCUGCGGGCAGGUAUCUGCGCCUGGAGGAGCGGCGCGCCUCUUCCAGCUCCACUCUUGUCUCCUGCAGCGCAGCCAGCAGCCCCUCCAGCCCGUCACCGCCGAGCUGGGCAGGCUGGAGCGCGGCCCCCUCCUCUGCUCCCGGGCUGCUGAAGCAGCUGCUCUCCAGCUUGGCAAGCCGGGACGCCUGCGACUGCACUGUGGAGAGAAGCUCCCGCAGCAUCUCCUCCACCGCUGAACUCCCACCACCAGCUGAGGAAAGGGUCUCUCGCAGGCGAGCUUCCACCUGCGCCGCCGCCCGUCUUCCUGCCGCCUCAACUGCCAGCCCGCAGGAGCCUUCGUACUCCGCCAGAAACCUGAGCCACGCAGCAGAUGGAAGAACCAAAUCCGUGAGACCUUCUGUCCGACCUGCACUGUGGCGAAGGCUCUCAUCAAGGUGCCUUCAGCCUCAGCACCCACCGGAGGAUUUCCCCCUUCACGGAGCUCAUCUCCACUUUGAUGAUGUCAUCAGCGUACUGGAGCAGCAUGGUCUCCCUCAUCUGACUGUUCUCCAGCAUGGAGAAGAUCUUGUCCCACUUGGUGAGGUCCGGAGCGCGGCAGGGCGUGGUGCUCGGUGUAGCUGAGGAAAGAAUGAGAUCAGACCUCGGAACAUUCCCCACAGAUGUUCCUGAGCAAGUUCCUGAGCAUGUUCCUGAUCAGAUCCCAACAUCUAUAGAGUCGUGGCCUUUUAAAGGCCGAUAACCAUCAAGAUAUUAGAAUGAAAUGUGAUGGUUAAUAGGUGUGUGAGGUCUGAGCAAGUGAUUUCAUGUGGAAGAUCUGGUGCUUCCCUUGGACUCUGUGUCUCAGUGAAAACAAGUGGCUUUCUUUGUACUGAUAGAGACAGAUGACUCGUCAGAUCAUAGCAGUGUGGAGCAGGUCAUGGUGUUUCCAGCAGAGAAGGUUUGAAAAUGCUUCUGGCCACUUGUCUUCACCACCAGAAACAGAAGGUGAUGUUGCCGCGUAGACUUCCCCUCUCAGUCGUGGUCAAAGGGCCGUUCAAGGAAGCCAAAAGUGGUGUGGUGAGACAAGGAGGGGAGGAAGAUCCUGUGAUCAUCUGGCUUCCUCAGCUGGGGAGGGACGGACUCGGAGAAGAGGGACAAACACACCAAAUCAAGUCCAGGGGGUAGAACGUUCCCUCAGAGAGCAGCACAUUGUUCUGAUUAUCUCACUGUGAUCUAUGAAACAUGGCACGUGGUGAAAUAACCACGCAAACGGAGCCAUGGAAUGUCAAGCUCAUCUGGGUCAGGAGAGUCCUGAGCCUCCUCCAGGUGUAGCUGGGUCCAGAGUCCUGGCCCUGCCGUGAGCCCAGGGUGCUUCUGCUGAGUCAUCGGCCAGACUGGCCAAGUGGCAGCGCUAUUGUCCGCUCCAGUCUCAUCUCUAAUGGCUUGGCAGAUCCGCGGCUUCCAGACAACAAGCACAGCUCGCUGGGUCUGGAGGCCAACUGUGCAAACAAGCAGCCACUUGUGUGCUGUCUCCCUGCUCUCUGUUGGGACACGGCGCUCCGAGAAAACAGGUGAAGAGGUGCAUCCGUGGAGCUGGGCACCUCGGCUUCACCGUUAGAGUGUGAAUGAAUGUGGCAGGAAUAGAGUCAAGAAAGAAGGCGGAUCUGACAGGAGUGGAGGCUAGAAAACAAGGGUCACUCACGCUCCGGCGUCUCUCCCUGGCUGAUUUCGUUGUAGUAGUUGUCAGCGUAGUUGACCUCGAUGUCGUCCUCGUAGGCCAGAGCGAGGCACAGGCAGGACAAGAGGGCCAGGGGGAUCCUCCAGCGAGCCAUGCUGACCUGCCUCCGUGUGUGUGUGUGUCUGCGCCGCUGCUGCCCUCCUCUCUCUUUUUCAAGCUUUCAUUCAGCGCUGGUCCCGCCUCCCUCAUGACUCUCCCCACCUCCGUGUCUCCAGCCUCCCUCAUGAAAUGCUGAGCAAUACUUUGGCAGGCGACCUGGCUGGUGAAAUACUUUCACUGCUCGCACCAUCACUUCACAGCCUCGCGGGGCUGCAUGCGUGCGUGCGUGUGUGUGCGUGUCUGAAGCUGUCAUGACCGACAGAGUCAGUGCUCAGUGCCACAACACACUUUGGGAUGGAACAAGUGGUCAUUGAGCCAGAGACCUGUAGGUGGACUGGACCCGAAGUUCUCAUCCACUCAUCCACAACCCUCAGCCUUUCAUUGGUCACCUUCAAAUCUGAUUCAGUGGUGCACUGGUGUGUGUGUUUUUAAAUCAGAGUGGGGUAAGAGUGGCCCUCAGGAGGUGGGAGCAAAACCACAAAACCUUCACGUUUGGUUCUGCUUUUACUGGAGUCGUCUUUAGGUUGGCAGAUCCUGUCCGUUUUAACUUCUCUCUCAACAUGAAUGGAAGGUAAAGAAUUUGGGAUAUAUUUUCCUGUUUUACUCACAGCUCUGUGAGAUAGUCAUCACUCAAGGACCUUGCUGUAUCUAUGACUUCUGUUUUAAAUCUAGAGUGAAAUGUGAGCAAAAUGCAGUAGAGUAUAAGCAACACACACUUUAAGCAUUUCUCUUCUCUUUGCUUAUAUGAUCUUAGUUUUCUCACAACACUCCACACCCUCCACGCCCCCCACACCAGUCCCAGGAUGCCAUGUAAAUAAUAAUAAAAAGCACAUGGCGCCACCAAGUUGCUCAUUUCACGUGACUUUAGAAGAUGAAAUCUCUUAAACAAGUGCCAUGAAACAUGAACUGUGUCCAUGGGGGAUUGACCUUGACUUUCUGGGCUGACACUGUGCAUGACACUGAAGGUCACAUGAAAGGUCCCUGACUCUAGCAGGGCACCGGAGCCGUACAAGUCGACGACACUUUGGCUGCUUCGUAGGCGGAGCACGUAGAAGAGCGUUUGCUCAGACGCCUGAGAAACGGCUCUGCUCUCUUUGUUUUGACAGAGCUCACAGUACACAGUGUAGCUUCUGACUGGAAGGUGUUGCCUCAUUCGUCCCGUGUGCCCACUCUUUGCUUUGGUUCCGGGGAACUCUUUGCGAUGAGUGGGAUCGACUGAGAUCCAAGGUUUUGCUGCUGGUCAGUGGCUCCGCUGAAGGUGGUGUUCUCACUCUCAACAGUGCGGUGACGUGGAGACCUGCAUUGUGCAACAGUGAAAGAAUGCAUGUGCGGUGGGAGAGUGAGUAAUGGGAGGUCUGUGGGGGGCCGCCGCCUGCCGGAGUCAGAUUUAAAUGGCAACCCCUGCGACUCAUGGAAAGAGGAGGAACAGGUUUCCUGAGUUCAGCUCUCACUCAGAUGGUGAGAGUGGCGCUGUGUGCGCGUGUGUGUUGGGGCUCCGUAUAAAUCAAGGCCAGACGUCAGGCUUCUCUCAAUGCUUCCAUUGUUCUCGGGCCUUGUUGUGUGUUGAUCCUGCCUAGCGAGGCGCUGUGAAUGGUGUGCUCGGGAUGUGUAUCAGUCUCCAGCCAGCGGCCAGGCUGAAGAGGCAGCAUGGGUGAAGGCACCUCAUGGUCCAGGGUGGAGGGCGGGUAGGUGUGCACUCCUGUGUCACCGCCGCUGCCGCCGCCUGUGCAGAGCAACGCCUGAUGAUGCUGGUGUCGUCCGUGUGCAGUGUGGCUCAGUGGGAGUGUGCAGACUGAGAGCAGGAGCUGGAGGGCUUGGUGUCAUCCAGGUCAUCUAGUUCUUCACAAGAGCUGCGACUCACACAGUUGGCUCAUCUGGCCGCCGACUGACCAAGUGCUCAGUAGCACACGAGCCAAGCGUCUGUCUGUCACUGGCUGGCCCUGCUCACCUGCAAGAGCUUCGACUCCUGGGGAAGAACGGCGAGGAGCCUCCCUCCCUCCCUGCGUCUCUCAACUCAAAUGGAUUUAUCCAACUGACAACUCUCAUGUCACAGACCCGAGUCGCUAGGGUCUUCAGCACAUGUCGAACUCCAGGCCCCGGAGCCAACUCUGACCACCACGUGGCUUCACAGGAGAUGUUUGCUGUUUCAGAGCCCAAACAUCUCGUUUCCAAACCAGACGCGCUGUGGACGUGGAAGACUAUUAUGGGCUUGUUGUCGGGAGUUUAGUGCCGUGGCUCUGUGGAAGUCUUUGGCCUUGAAACCGCGGGGAUGGUUUCAUAACGGGGCCUGGACGAGCUGCGUGCUUCUGUCAGCCUCUGUCCUGCGAUGCCUCCUGGUCCUUCACUGCUGGCUGCCAGUGUGCAGCGGCACUUCCUUUCCUGUCACAGUGACCGUCCGAUCUUCUCGCUCACACCAGAGUGCAGGCCACUGCCAGUCAGCUCACUCCCCGCACUGCACAGCCCUGCUUCCUUCCAGUCUGGAGGAGAGGAGCCGACAGUGAGGUGUUGGCUGACACCUGUUUGGCCGUCAGGCGCCCGGGGCUGCAGCUCCGGAGCGGGUCCGUCUCCUGUCCUGUCCAAAUAGCAUUCCUCAGGACGCUUCUGUGAGUGCUUCCCGCUGGGAUUCAUGGUUAUUGGCUGCUGCCUGUCACCUUUUCCUGUGAUUUGUGUGGGCGGUCUGCUCAAAGCAGAGUGGAGGGUCUUGUGCAAGAGUUCAGGUGAGCGAGGGCGAGGAGUCCGUCUCUCUCAUGAGUCUUGUUACUGCGACUCCUGAGCCCUGAAGGUUGAGGCAGCCUCACUUCAGCUCUUCCUUUGGCUGAAACCCAGCUGGUUUUCCAAAGCAGUGUCGUGAUGUGAUGGAAACCUGGGCUUCAGGGUUGCAGGCUCUGGGUUCCUCCUUUUUACGAUUCCUUGCUAUUUAGUUUCCGCUGCACCUACAGGACCUGACCUGGAUGGCUGUGAGACAUGCACAGGGGAGGUGUAGGACUGGCCGAGAGAGAGCCAGCGUGCGGAGGACGGAGGCCGAGUCCACCCAGUCUCCCCACCUCAGCUCUUCUUGUCAUUGGUCCCCAGGCCUGCAGCAGUGGCCGGACACAAGAGGCUUUGUUGUGAAAUCAAACCAGUCUUUCUGCUGGUGGACGGCAAUCAGUCAAAGAUGUUCCUCCAGCGCUUGGCCAGGGCUCGGGGAAUUCUCUGACACAGAGGGUUUACUGAAGCCACCAGUCAGUGUAGUCACUGUCGUCCACAUCUGUCCAGAGGUUUCAGCCGUGAGUGGGGUCAGUACCGUCUUCUUCCUCCUCCCUCUGAUGAGUGGCUUGAAAGGAGAAGUUUGCUAUCACCAGGGUCACCAGGGUCAGGCUGGAAACACGCGCGCAGGUAACCACAUGUUGCUGCGCGUCUUGCCCUCCGUCUACCCCAAAGACCCGGACAUCAUCCACCGUCACCUGGGCAGCCUGACUGCCAUGGUGCCUCAGCUGGAGCCUGCGGAGCAACAGCACCUGCUCAAGCUUCUCCAAAUGGUGGCGGAGCAGCAUCCGCUGAUGCUGAGUCCCCAGGUGCCCGCGCUUGUCGCUUACCUCGGCGACCGCCACCUCGCCCAGGCUGUCAUGGCCACGCUGGUGGGCGUGUCCCAGGCCAGCCCCUCCUCGCUGCUCAGCUUCCUGCCGGUGCUGAGGGCGGCAGGACAACAGAGCCCGGCGCUCCUGGGUCACGUGAGCAGAGUCCACGCUGCCGUGGGCAUCAUCAGUGAGAGACACGCCCGCACUUCCCUGCUCUACCUGCUGUCCCUGCUGGGCAGCACGGAGCACGCCUGCCACCACAGCGUGCUGCAGGAGAUCCGAGCGCUGAGCGAGCGCUUCCCCGCUCUGGUGGGAGGCAGCGGCAAGGACGUCUACCGCCUGAGCAACUCCUUCUCUGCAAUAGCCAGACAGUUGGGCCGACGACUGGAGGAGAGCGGGGCCGCCAGCUGCAGGUCGGGGCAGGACAAAGGCAGGACGGGGGCAUCGGAGCAGGGGCUGCAGCUCGAGCUGCAGAACUGUGAGGAGAAGUCGUGUGAAGAAGAAGAAGAAGCAGAGGAGGAGGAGCCACCUGCUCCCCAGCGGAGGUUGAGUCUGAGCCAGGCUGUCCGCGAGGAGCGGAGGGAAAUGAGAUUCAACAGGUCCAAGAGCUUAGCCAUCGCCGAGGUGCGCUCGCGAUCCGCCAACCUGGACAGCGGCGAGGACGGCGAGGCAGCGGAGCACCGCGCUCUCAUCUGCAGCACGGAGCGGCAGGAAGUGGCGUCUCCUGAGAGGAAGCCGACGGGCGACGAGCCCUCGGUGGCAGUCGAGGAGGAAGGAGAUGAAGGACCGGGCCGAGAGAAGGAGGAGCAGGUGGAAUCUGACCGGCUCUUUCAACAUCUGAGAGACAACAUGGAGAACAUCAGCCAGUUCUGUGGAGAGCUGCUGCGUCGGAUCCCAGUCCCAGAGCAGUGUGUGAUAGAAGGUUCGGCGCGGGGCUGCCUGGCCAGGCUCUCCUUCUCCUGCCCUCUGAAGGGCCACUACUGCCUCUACAGCAAGUCCUGCUUCGUCCUGACCAGCCGCCGGCCGCACCUCUGGCUUCACCUCAUGCUGCUGCACCAGCAGAGCAGAGCCUCGGCGCCGCUGUGCUCCACCGACCCGUGUGUGGGAAGGCUGGCCGCUCUCUGGGAGAAGACCCGGCUGAAGGGCGCGCACAGCUUCGCCAUGGCCGUGACUCAGCAGACCACGCCAGGACAGAAGGACCUGGACAGUCUGCAGAGCCAGCUGGAGGACGUGCGCUUCUUUGACCUGUUUGGCUUCAGCGCCGAGGAGGGAGCCUGGCUCUGCUUCAUGUGCAACCACCCAGACAAGGCCGCAGGCGUGAACCAGGGCGGCCAGCCGCUGAUGGAGGGCAAGCUGAAGGAGAAGCAGGUCCGCUGGAAGUUCAUCAAGCGCUGGAAGACCCGCUACUUCACCCUGGCAGGGAACCAGCUGCUCUUCCGAAAAGCCAAGUCGAGGGACGAGCUGGAUGACGUUCCCAUUGAGCUGAGCAAGGUGCAGAGUGUCAAGGUGGUGGCCAGGAAGCGGCGGGAUCGCGGCCUCCCUCGAGCCUUCGAGAUCUUCACCGAGGACAAGACGUACGUGCUGAAGGCCGAGGACGAGAAGCACACGGAGGAGUGGCUGCAGUGCAUCAACGUGGCCGUGGCCCAGGCGCGGGAGCGAGAGAACCGGGAGGCCACCACCUACCUGUGACCACCGCGCCUCGCCGUCCUCCUCAGAACAGGGUUGAAGCAGCGCCGCGUGAUUGACGUGGACGUCUGAGCAAUAAAUGCGAGCAGCGAAACACUGGUCUGUGGACGUGUUAUGAGCAGCAGCGGCGGCGGCGGCUCGAGCUUUACUCACCGACCCCUGCGCCCUC